GUCACAUCAUCACAAACACGCACAGAAGAGUCACUGUGCUCACAGCGGCGGAGACUCCCCGGUGCCAAACACUCACUCUCCCUCACACACUCUUCCACACACACACACACACACACACACACACACACACACGGAAGGACUGAGCGAGAGAGCAGAGAGAGAGAGAGCGCAGCCGGAACAUUUGGAAAUAUCGAAACAGGGAAGUGGGAGAGGAGCGCGUGAGUGUCGGUGGAGUGAUCCGCUCAUCAGCAUGUUCAGCUGGGUCAAACAGGAGCAAGGAGGCCGCAACAAGGAAGGAGAGAUGUACCAGACUGUGACCGAGGGACUGCAGACCCUCUACACCAAGAAGCUGCUGCCUCUGGAGGAACAGUACCUCUUCCAUGACUUCCACUCCCCCGCGCUGGAGCCCGCAGAUUUCCAGAGCAAGCCCAUGGUGCUGCUGGUCGGCCAGUACUCCACCGGGAAGACCACCUUCAUCAGGUACCUGUUGGAGCAGGACUUCCCCGGGAUGCGGAUCGGUCCGGAGCCGACCACAGACGGCUUCAUCGCUGUGAUGCACGGCGAGAACGAGGGCGUCAUCCCCGGAAACGCUCUGGUGGUCGACCCUAAAAAACCCUUCAGGAAGCUCAACGCCUUCGGGAACUCGUUUCUCAACAGGUUUAUCUGCUCCCAGAUGCCCAAUCAGGUUCUUCAGAGCAUCAGCAUCAUCGACACGCCUGGUAUCCUGUCAGGAGAGAAACAGCGAAUCAGCAGAGGUUACGACUUUGCCGAGGUCCUGCGGUGGUUUGGGGAACGUGUUGAUCGCAUCAUUCUGCUGUUCGACGCUCACAAACUCGACAUCUCAGACGAGUUCUCGGAGGCGAUCAAAGCAUUCAAAGGACAAGACGAUAAGAUCCGAGUCGUCCUGAACAAGGCUGACCAGGUGGACACGCAGCAGCUGAUGAGGGUGUAUGGUGCCCUCAUGUGGUCACUGGGGAAGGUGAUCAACACUCCGGAGGUGGUGAGAGUUUAUCUGGGAUCGUUCUGGGCCAAACCUCUGCAGAACACAGAGAACAGGCGUCUGUUUGAGGCCGAGUCUCAGGACCUCUUCAGGGACAUCCAGAGUCUCCCGAGAAACGCAGCACUGCGUAAACUCAACGACCUCAUCAAGAGGGCGCGGCUGGCCAAGGUGCACGCUUACAUCAUCAGCCACCUGAAGAAGGAGAUGCCAUCUCUGUUCGGGCGAGAGAAGAAGAAGGAGGAGCUGAUCAUGAGGCUGCCGGAGAUCUACACCACGCUACAGAGAGAGCACCACAUCAGCCCCGGAGACUUCCCCAACGUUGCCAAGAUGCAGGACAUGCUGCAGCACUACGACUUCAGUAAGUUCCCGUCUAUGAAGAUAAAGCUGAUCGAGUCGGUGGACAAGAUGUUGGCCUCAAAGAUCGCCGUCCUGAUGGCGAUGAUCCGGGAGGAGGAGUCUAAGCUGCCGCCGCCGAUGGUGUCAGGUGGCGCCUUUGAGGGCUCCCAGGACGGGCCAUUCGGUCAUGGCUACGGCGAGGGCAUCAGCGCCGGCGCCGACGCUGAAGACUGGAUCGUGGCCCGUGAGAAGCACCGCUAUGACGAGAUCUUCUACAUGCUGAUGCCCGUCAACGGAAAGAUCACUGGCGUCAACGCGAAGAAGGAGAUGCAGAACUCGCGGCUGCCCAACACCGUGCUCGGAAAGAUCUGGAAGCUCUCCGACUGCGACAACGAUGGCAUGCUGGACGACGAGGAGUUUGCGCUCGCACAGCACCUCAUCAAGAUCAAACUGGAGGGAUACGAGCUGCCCACCGAGCUGCCCCCCCACCUGGUGCCCCCGGCCCACCGUAAAAACUCCACCGCAGACGCCAUGUACAACCACAGCGAGGACUAGGGCGCCAAUAUGGCCGCCUGAGGGACUGAGCGAGCUGAGAGGAGGUCAAAAUGUAAAAAAAAAAAAAAAAAAAAUCACCAAAGAGUCAAGAUGUCUGCAGCUGAUGGUCAGACUAACGGGAGAACCAAUCAGCUGUUAGCUGCAGAAUUUUAAAGGAUUAUUUCAAGAGGAGCUCGCCGCCAAGAUGGUCUCGACCGUUGCUGACUUCACCGCUAACCACACGUCUGAACAUCAGGACAGCGAAGAAACAAAACUGACUGAAGGGAAGUCAAAACAUGAUGCCUUUUAUUUUGGUAAGAUUUGAAAUAGCUGCUUUGAAAUCACCACAGAAGAAGAACGAUUAUGAUGCCUCAUAUUUACCGCUUUUAUUUUGAAAGGUUUAUUCAUACAGCUUUGAUUUGGACGCUUUUAUUUGAAAAGGGGAAAUUAGAUAAAAUAUUAUUAUAUAUGUUAACCUGCUUCCUGCCUUUGUUUUCCUUCGUGCUUUAUAAUACCACUGAAUGUCUACAUCCAGAAUCACAACACAAGAGAAGGUUACCCUCAUUUAUUGAGUUCCUAUAAGUUCAUCUUUGCACUUCGGAAUCAAAGCUUCCUCAACAUGCUAAUGAAGCUCCAGAAAGUUUGCCUAAUCCUAAUGACUUUCUGCAGAAUAAAUAUGAGGAGGCUGGAGGAGAAACUCUGGCUGAAGAGAGAAACAUUCAGCUUUUUGUGUUCACACAUGCAGCUUAGCACAGCUAUAUCAGGACGUUUUCUGCAGGUGUGAAAGCACUAUCAGAUUGUAAUUUGGUAAACAAUUAAAAAUAUCACUAUUAACAUGAUUUGAUUCGCUGUAAGAGGACUGACUGUUUAAACAUUUCUAACUCUAAAUCACAACUAAUCUGGAAAGGUGAAUGAACCUCUCAGGUGAGGUUUCAGGCUUCGACGCUCAGGUCGAAAACAGGAGCACAGAAAUCCAAAAUCAGCAAAUGAGAGGAACCUGACAUGUUCCUGAGUUUUCUUUUCACCAGCACAAGGAAGCGGUUAUUUAUUGUCUUCUGCAGGAUCAGUGCUCAACACCAGGAAACAUUUAUUUUGCAGCCUGGUCAGGGGUUAAAUGUCAGAGUCUGUCCUGUUCAAACAGUCAGGAGGAGAUGACGGUGGAAAUGACCGCUCGCUCUGCCGCUCCUGCUCCGUGUUAAUGCCUCCUCGGGGACGGAUGACGCCCUGAAAUGUGUUUUCAGUGGACAGUUAGUGUCCGCUAUAGCUUCGGUUUCCUCACAUUGUAAACAGCAGCAGAGAGACUGAGAGCUGUCACGUCUGAUCCCUGCUGACUGAACACUUUCCUCUUUAUAGACACCAGAGAAACUUCCUUACUCGACCCAGACUUUUUAACUUUGAUAUGAUUCUACUUAAACUUUAAUAUCCGAAACAGUUUCAUUACCACAAGAUUAGAAGUCCUAUGCACCAAAUAUUGAGUAAUGUUUGUUUCCUUUUUCCAACCAGAGUUCUUGAAUAUGUGAAUGUCGUCAUUAGGACUGCACAACUGGGAUGUACAAUGUUUCUGAGGAGCACAUGAAGGCAGCAUGUGAACAAAUAGAGCGUUUUAUAAACUGACUGAUGUGCCGCGCCUCAUUAGCAUUGUUAUACCACGUUAGCAAUGAAACAUGUGACGUACCUGUGAGACGGAGAGACUCUGCAACAUCAGAGUUGUUUGUGAAGAUAAAAAAUGACCCAAAGAAUGCAGGAACUUACAAACGCAGCUUUUGUUUUUUUACUCAAGGAAAGUGAGGUUCCUCAAAGAUCGAUCUUAGGGCCACCUUCUUUUAGACUUAGUUCUUCCUUGAUGGUGUUUUUUCUGACCCUAUGCUGAUGCUUUUUCCGCCUUUAUUUUUUUGCAAUAGGACAGUGGAGUCAUAAACCCGGGGGGGUGAAAGGGAAUGACAUGAGUUUAUUUUCUUUAAAAGUUAUGUUCGCCUCACAAUCAUGAUCUGUCUGAUUGGUCCUUUAUAAAUGUUCACAGCAGUGCCUGUUCUGUCUCACACUCCUCUGUCAGACGUGUUUCAAUGUCCUCUGCUCCUAUGACGGGACGGUUAAUGUGCUCGAGGAAUCUGCGGUUGGGCCGCUUCUGUUUGGCGCCUUUAACAAUAUAAAAAUGAAAAUAAACCUUUACACUAUUGUAGAGAAAAUGUUCUGAUGAAACUGCUCGUAUAUGUCAUCUGUCCAUACAAGGGAACAUCUGUGAUUUAAGGUCCCUAAAAUACACAUUUCAUUUUUAAUCAUCUGACGGUUGAUUUAAGGAGUGGGAAAUUUCAGUUUUUAAUGUUCUCUGUGUACAUUCAAUGAAAACGUUUCUAAUUAAAUCUCCAUGUAUCUGACUGUAAAGGUUUUCAUUUGUCUGAUUCUGAUGUAUUUUGUAUUCUCGUUGUUUGGCUGUCUGUAACUCACUUGUCUGUCACCAGAGAAGGAGUAUAAUAAAGUUUAUUUACUAUUUCAGGGGA